GCCUUUUAUUCUUUUUUUCUAAAGGAUGAUUUAUUUUCACACUCUCUUAACAUUACUACAUACUGUACAAAUAUAUCACGUCACUACAGUGUGCCCUUCUUAUCCCACAGCACAUUUUGGAACUCUCCCUCUGUCCACUACGGGUCAUGUGAGUAUGUGAUUCUCCCAUGAUUACAACCAGAAUGUUGAUUUGAAAGAAUACUCAACGGCACUCCAUUUGCUCCGUUUCAGCUCUUCUUAACUUAUUGCAAAUCUGCAAUAUGCUUGUAGGUUGCCUACAAUACAUUGCACAAAUAUAUAGCAUUAUAAAUUUUAGAUCUGAUUGAAGCAUGUUCACCUGUUACAAAUGUACGAUAUCCACUAAUAGCAAUGGAGUUGUUUCUACAUGCAUAGGUGUUAUACAAUAGUGUUGGUCCCAAUAAACAUUUUUAAUACUUUAAAACAUAUAUUUACUAUAGUUAUUUAGCUGUCAUAAAGAGUCAAAAGUAGUCUUGGAUUCAUUGUCCGAAACGUGUUUCAAAGUUUCCUUGCAACCUGGUAGUGACGCACGCACAUCAGAAGAGCUGUGUAUAAAAAGGGAAUGGUUGGAUGUCUAAAAUACAGUACCUGAACGAAGCUACAAUUGAAGGACAUGCAUACAGAUUUAAUGAAUGCAGGCUAAUUAUUUCUAAAGACGUGCCCUGACGUCGUAGAAGGAACGGUAACCCUCCCAGUUCUUUAAAAGAGCAUCACUCAACACUGCCCCUAAACUCGAAACAGAAACUGAUCACCUUGGGGCCAGGAAUUAAAUACACAACGUUUAUAAUAUUAAGGUUUCUUAGUAACCAAAUGGACCCCAUCAGUAGAGCUCGAAUAGGCCGGACCCUCAGACUCACAUAUACCCUCCUGAUAAUCGGGAUACUGUGUGUCGGCCCACAUAUGUGCCAGAUCGACCCCCUGGCUCUGGGGAAAGCAGACCCACAGUGCUGGGAGUCCUCAUCAGCACUCCUUUUAGAGAUGAGAAAGCCACGCAUCUCUGACACUGUCUCGGGCUUUUGGGACUUUAUGAUCUACCUGAGGUCAUCCGACAACAUGAAGCACGGGGCUCUGUUUUGGGACUUGGCCCAGCUCUUCUGGGAUAUCUACGUGGACUGUGUGCUAUCCAGAACACAUGGCCUGGGACGCAGACAACUCUCUGAAAGGAAACAGGAAAUAAUGACUCUGCAUUCCUUUAUCACAGACAAGUCAUAUAUCCGAGGACAAAGAAGCGAUUUCCCUAAAAACGAAUAUACUGAAGACUUGAUAGGAAUCCAUGUACCCAGAAGUGUACCUGGGGUACUGGGAAGGAUAACCAAAUCCCUAGGCUUAAAGAGGAGCUCCAGAAUGUAGCCGUUGGUAUUGUUUGUCGUGCAUUGGCUUUUUGUACUUUUUAACUAUUUAUUAAAACUUGCAGAACUUACCUGCACAGUUUCAGCAGUUAUGAACUCCACCUAGUUAUUCUCAUGUCUGUCAAUGUGUUUUUUUCUUACUCAGUUUUUUAUCAGGUAGCACUAUCCCCCAAAAAAGGUAUCUAAAUUGUGUAGCAUGGAAAUUUGCAGGUACAUUGUUAACUGUUGACUACACUGACAUACCUGUCAACAUUGGGGUGGAGGCUGCAGGUGCGUGGCUAAGUAUGUGAACUUGCCUCGCGCACUGAAUGCAUGCCUGCUACAGGACUCCCCUGGGUCCUAAACCCUGCUCAGUACAGAUGGGGAUUGCAGUAAUCACACACCGGCCAUGAAUGUUGUAGACAUUAAAGAUUUGCUGACAUAAGGGGGUUUAACAGUAGAAUACGGGAUAAACUCUGUCCUGGGAGAUGUCCAGGAGAAGGGUAAAAAUACGGGAGACUACUGGUGAAUACAGGAGAAUUGACAGGUCUGCACUGACAGUCUUUGAGAUAUGGAUUUGAACAGUGGCCUAAAAUGUCAAGUAAUUGGUAGCCUGGUUAAAUGUUAACUAGAAUCUGAGUGAGGUUAUCCGGCAACAAACUCCCCAUCCUCAGUUGUUCCACUUUCCUAGAAAAAGGAGAACAUUUUGGGGUACCAUUCUACUUGUGAGAUACCUUGCUUGUUGAAGAGGAGAUGAUUAUCUAUUCAGGGUUACCAAGAUAUUUAGUAAAGGGGUCUGAGUGAGGAAAAUUGAGAAAUAAAAUCCCCACCCCCAGUAGUUCUUUAAAUCAUUUGUUGUUUCCAUAAUUUGUUUCGGUAAUCUAUGUACAUAAAAUAUAUUUUUAAUUGUGUUCAAUUUUAAUGAAAUAUACAUGCAGAAGCUUCUGGCAUAAACA